AUGGGACGCACGAAGACUCAGGGACGGAAGGUCGUCGCCCUCUCGAGCACGUCGUCGGUGCCGGCAAAGGCGACUGCCGAGCGCGAGACGAGCCCGGACAGACCACCGAGGGCCAUCCCACAAAUCAACAAGUGCUUCUCCUCAGCCAAACGUGUCAAGUCUUCCUUGUCCAAGCCUGCCAAGUCUGCCAAAACCGAACGAGUCAAGAAGGCGACCAUCAAGCGCGCGCCAAUCAGAGCACCGGGCAUGAGAUCGCGUUUCUUUCCGCGGCCCAAGCCUCCUCCCCUACCUGAGGAGGAUAUGGACUUGCGCCACAUGCAAGACGCGACGGAACUGGCGCGCAAACAUGUCGGCCAUAAGCCUAUUGUUUACAACGAGAUUGCAGAUCUCGUCCGUACCGAAGAAGGUUUCGCUGUCUUUCUCAACGACAUGCUCGAGGCGUACGAAUCACUCCGGGACCCGACGGUACGACCAGUACUUAUACAAGAAUGUUUCAAGAAGAAUCCGUUCCUUAUGGUCGUCGCCGUCAUCUUCCUCAAUAAGACGAGUGCGACGGUAGCAAUUCCAGCAUUCUGCCAAGUUAUUGAACGUUGGAAGACACCGAAAGACUUUGCUCAAGCGGAUCGUAAGAAGUUAUUCAAGCUCAUUGAACACCUAGGCCUUGGCAACACGCGCUCCGACGGGCUCAUCAAGCUUGGCAAGCUAUGGUUAGAGUACCCGCCUGUGACCACUCAGAGCCUUCAAGAAGACCCCACACGUGCUCGUGCCCAGCGAACCAUCAAUGCUAAGAUGGCACGCAAGAAGAACCCGAAAUUGUUCAGACAUCUCAGCGAUGAGGAUAUGCCGGCUAUCGCGCAUCUGCCAUUGGUUGGCCAGUACGCCGUGGAUUCGUACAAGAUGUUCUGCUGCGGCGAAGAAGAUUGGAAGUCUGUGCGCCCGAAUGACAAGGAGCUGGCGCGCUACGUCAUGUGGCGUUGGGCCUUGCUUGGCAAAGCCUACGACAUGGUGGAUCGCCACCCGUGGGAUCAUAUAACACCGAAUUUUAUCAAUGCUGUUAUACGCGAACUCGUCGACUUCAGUCCUUAUAAGGCUCUUGAUAAAUUGGUUGAAGAAGAACGCGCGCUAGAACGGGGCUCGGCUCGAAUCGUCCUAACUCCUUCUCUGAAUCUCCCCACACCUGAUAUCUCGUACUGA